AUGUGUGAAUUAUCAUUAAAACAUGUAUUUGGUAUUCGAACAUCAUUAUUUGAUUGUAUAUCAUAUUUAAAUGAACAUUGUUAUUUAUAUCCAUCUAGUCGACAUAUAAUAUUAUAUGAUAUUGAUUAUAAAUGUCAACGAUUAAUUAAUUAUGGAAAUGAAUAUGAUUUAUUAGAAUGUUUAACUGUUUCUCAUAAUAAACAAUAUCUAUCAAUUGCAUUAAAUACAUUAGACAAAUCUCGAAUUAUUAUUUAUGAUAUAAGUCAAACAAUAAAACGACGAAAAAUUUUAUCCUUAAAACAGACAAUACAUUCAAAUCAUGUUCUAUCAAUUAGUUUUUCGACUAAUUCAAAAUUUCUUCUUGUACUUUAUGGUCCACCUGAUUAUGUAUUAGUUUGUUGGUCAAUUGAUCGAUUUAAAUCUGUUUUAAUUGUAUCUCUUCAUUCUCUUCAUAUUGAUCUUUCACAUAAUCCACUUAAUUUAAAAGUUUCAUUUAAUCCAAUUGAUUGUUAUGAAAUAUUAUUAACUGGUAAUCAUAUAUAUAGAAGAUAUCGUUUAAAUAAUGAUAAUUUAUCUUUAUAUGAUCAUGGACAAUAUCAAAAAUGUCAAUCAAUGAAUAUAACAUGUCAUUGUUGGCUUAAUAAUAAUUAUGUUUUAUUAGGAUUAGAUACUGGUUAUAUGUCUACUGUUAAUAAUCAUGGAGAUAUAAUUCAAACAUAUAAUUUAAUUAAAACAAAUCAAUCAAAUAAUAUAAAUAUUGAUCGAUUAUAUACUUAUUCAACGAAUCGAUCCAAUAUUCGAACAAUAUCAGAGAGAAAUAUAAUAAAUAAUAAAAAUCUAUCAAAAAUAAAAUCAAUCUCUCAAUCAUCAUCCAUAUUUAAAUUAAAUCGAAAAAUGUCAUCAUCAUCAUCAUCUUCAUCAUCAUCUUCAUCAUCAUCGAUGUCAACUCGAGAAAAUGAAAAAUCAAGAAGAAAUUCUUUUAGAUAUUCAAAUAGAAGUUUAGAGAAUUUUAAUUCGAAAAAAGAAUUUAUUUAUUCAAAUUAUUAUGUUAUUUGUUUAUUACCUUUUUCACGUGGAGUUUUUGUAUCAAUAGCACUAGGAUAUAUUCUUAUGUAUGAAAGAAAUGAAAAUUCAUUUCAUUUAACUUAUUUACGUCGAUUAAUAUUACCUUCAUUUAAUUAUAUUGAUGAUUUUUAUAUAAAAAAAACAAAAAAUAAUUUAAUUGAGAAAAAAAUUUCAAAAAAAAAAUUUUCAAUAAAAUUGUUUAAACAAGAAUCAAUUCAAAAUAAAUUAUCAAGAAAUUCAUCAUUAAUAUAUGAUAAAUCAAUAAAAAACGAUAUUAUUCUAUCAUUAGCAUUAACUCCUAAUGAAGAUACUUUAUUAGUUGCAACAAAUUCAAAUCAUUUAUAUCAAAUUACUUUUUCAAAAAUGGAUUAUAGAAAUAAAGAAGGAUGUAUAUUAAAGCAUGCUGUUGAUGAUAGUCAUUAUGGAAGUAUAAUAAAAGUAGCAAUAUGUAUUCGUAAACCAAUAUUAUUUACAUUGGGUAUUGAUCAAUCACUUAAAAUAUGGAAUUUACAAACAAAUAGUCAAGAAUUAAAUCAUAAAUUUGAGAUUGAACCAUUAUCAUUAAGUGUUCAUCCAACAGGAAUAUUUGUUUGUAUAUCAUUUUGGACAAUAAUUCGAUUAUAUUGUUAUACUAUUGAUGGUUUGAAUUUAUUUAAACAAUUUGAAAUUUCAAAUUGUCAAUCUAUUGAAUAUAGUAAUCAAGGACAUAUAUUAUCAAUAUCAUAUGAUUAUACUAUUCAAUUCUAUCAUCAUUAUGAUUACAAUAAAUAUUCAUAUAUACAUGCUAAUGACAAAUUUCGACUAAUUCGUUGGUCUCAUGAUGAUUCAUUUAUAAUAACUGUUGAUUUUGAUGAACUUAUCAUACGAUGGGAUCCAUAUAAAAAUCAACGUUUAUCUCAGUAUAAAAUAACAGAUUUUACUAUAGAUGAUUUAUUGAUAAGUUCAGAUAAUAAAUUCGCUUAUAUAUUAACAAAUGAUAAAAAACUAAAAGAAUUUCAAAUGAUGACAACAAUACGUGAUAUUAAUAUUCCAUAUGAUAAUUGUUUUCCAACAGCAUUAUCAAUAUAUGAUGAAAAAAAAAUUUUAUUUAUUGGAUCACAAAAUGGAUCAAUUUAUUUAAUCAAUUUAACAGAAAAUAAUUCAAUAAUUGAUAAUAAUUAUUCCAACUAUUUAUCAUAUAUGAAUGUUCAUCAAGGAAUAAUAACUAAAAUUUUAAUAUCAUUUCAUAAUGAUUUAAUUAUUUCAACAGGAGAAGAUGGAAAUAUAAUAUUAUACAAGUUAAAUUCUUCUCAACGAAAUAAAGAAUCAAAAAUAAUUUUUCGUGAUGAAAUACUCGCCAAUGAACAUAUUCUAAAAGAACAAAUGAUUGAAUUGAAUAAAUUGAUAAAAGGUGAAUUUGAAAUUGAACAUGAAUAUGAAAAUAAAAUUGAAAUAAAAGAAAAAGAAUAUAUUGAACAAUUUCAUCAAGUUGAUAUUCAUUAUCAAUCUUCUAUUAAUAAAAUGGAAAUAAAAAUAAAAGAAUUAAAUGAAAUAAAAUUCAAUUUAAAAAGUGAACAUCAACUAAAACAAUAUGAAUUAAUCAAAAUAAAAGAAAAUCUAAUUAAUAUAUAUAAUCAAGAUAAAAUAAAACAUUAUAAAGAUCUUAUUAUUCAAGAUAAAUCACUUUUAUUUAAUAUUGAAUAUUUAUAUUUAAAUGAAAAUCAACAAAUUCUAUUUAUUAAUGAUUUAUAUCAAAGAUAUAUUGAAUUAAUUCAUUUAUCAUAUAGAAAUAAAUUAAAUAAUAUUAAAAAAUUUUUUUUUCAAGAAAAUGAACAUUUAUAUGAACGUAUUAAUUAUUUUGAAGAUAUUAAAUAUAUGAUUGAUGAAGAUGCAGAUAUUGAAUUUAAUUUUUUAAAUGAAAAAUAUAUUAAGAAAUUAAAUAUUAUUUUAAAUAAAAUCGAACAAUUAGAAAAUGAACAAGUUUUACUUAAUUUAAGACUUGAACAACUUGAACAAGAAUCAAAUCGUUUUGAAGAUGAAAUAAAACAAUUUGAAUUCGAACGAUAUCAAUUAAUUGAUCAAAUUCGACAAAUUGAUUAUGAUUUAAACAUAGCUAAACAAACAAUUCAACAAAGAAAUUUUAUUAUUCAAGAUAAGUUAAAACGUACAAAUGAUAUGGAAAAUCGACAAGAUGAAUUAGAAAAAUUUGCAUAUGUUUUUAAUUAUAAAAUUCGAGAAUUAACAAAUGAAAUAGCUCCUCGACAACAUGAAGUUAAAGCUUUAAUUGAACAAUAUAAUAAUAUGGACACAGAAUAUGAUAUAUUAUGUCAAAAUAAUGAAAAAUAUUCAAUAAAAAUAGCUGAUUAUAAUGCAAGAUUAAAAGCAACAGAAAAAGAACUUCAAUAUGAAACAAUUGCUAUUCGUAAAUUAAAUGAAACAAUUGCAAAUAUAAAAGAAGAUUUAAAAUUAUCUUGUCAUUUAAUUGAUAAACCAAAACAAUUAAUUAAAAUUAUUCGAAAUAUUUAUGGAAAAUAUAUUCUUCAAGUUCAUGUAAGAACUUAUUGUAUAUUCAUCUU